AUGAGCUUAGUUCCAUAUAACAACGACUCUGUGAUAUUGAAUGAUCCGGCAUCCGGUUCCCUUGUUGUUGUAAAUCCAUCCGUGGGGAGCCUAACUUUCUACAGGAGGGUCGCUUCACCAAGAAUUAUGAACGUUAAUAAUGGCAGAAAUUCUCACAAUCAUUCCAAUCAGCAGUCUCCGUCAAAUUCUAACAAUGAAAUAUCCUCAUAUGUCUGUCCGCAAUGUGGUACAAUAGUUGAUGAAGGUGCUUUUAAUACAAACUCUGAUAGCGCAUUUCUGGCACCGCAUUAUAGAUCUUCAGAUAUUAAUCUCUCAAAAAAAUACUUUAAGCUGUUAGAGUCCUCACACAGGCAAGAACAAGAAAGGGUUUUGUCCGACAAUGUUUCAAGAAGUGCUUCUAUUCCAGAGUCGAUACCUGAGGAUCUUUUUAUACCAGGCUAUUUCCAUAGAUUUUUCGAAAUUUUAUCAAUUUUGGGUCAUGGAGCAAGAGGUUCUGUGUUCAAAGUAGUUCACAAAAUUGGAAAUACUAAUUUAGGCAUUUUUGCAAUGAAAAAAAUUUCUAUUGGUAACGAUAUGCAAUGGUUUGAUAAAUGUAUAAGAGAAGUAAAAGCUCUGAGUUCACUGACACAUAAAAGUGCAAACCUCAUAACGUACAAUCACGUUUGGUUAGAAAUGGAUACUUCUUAUGGUGUAACCAAUAGAAAUGACAUGAAUUCGGAUAAAAUACCAUGCCUUUUCAUUCUGCAGCAGUAUUGUGAAGGUGGUAAUUUGGAGGAUUGUAUCUUAAUUGAUGUGUUUAAUAAGUUCCCUGAAAAAGUAUCUACUGAAGACAGGAAGAAAAGAUUCAGACAACUUAGGAAACAAAAACAAAUAGGUCAUACCCAAUUAGGUUUGAGCACAAAACAGAUCUUGCUGAUAAUUAGGGAUAUUGCCAGAGGCUUACAUGAAUUACAUGACAUUGGUAUCAUUCAUAGGGAUUUGAAGCCAUCCAACUGUCUGUUGCUUACAAAAUACACUGCAUCAGAGAGCAAUGGGCAAGCUAAAAAUGAUGGAAUGCAGGGAGAAUUUGACCAAAAUGAAAAAUCAUUCCCGACCAUAGUUAUUGGUGAUUUGGGCGAGAGUCAAAUAGCUGGUGAAACGAGGUCAGCUACUGGAUGCACCGGAACACUGGAAUUCACUGCUCCUGAGGUAAUCAUUACAGAUAAUUUAGAAAAUUGGAACUCUAAAAAUCUCCAUUAUAAUGAAUACACAUUCGCAUCUGAUAUGUACUCAUUAGGUAUGUUGUGUUAUUUCAUAACAUUUGGUAAUUUACCCUUUAGCUCAGAAGUGGACCUGACAGAAUUGAAGUAUGACGUCAAGAAUUUCAGAAUUAAUAAAAAUACAAUGAUCAGAAAACACAAUGAAAUGAAUUUGAGGCCAGUUGAUUCCAGAAUAUUUGGUAUAAUUCAAUCAUUAUUGAAUACUGAGCCUUCUUCCCGUCCAACAGCCACGAUAAUAGAAAAAAAAGUUACCAGCAUAUUACAGGAAAUGGAAGAACAAAACCAUAUUGAAGAAAAAAUUUCUCCGGUAAAUAAAGCUGAUUUUAUAGAUGGUGACAGUCAUUUUUUUGACACUGUUUUUGGACAUGAUAAUCUUGGAGAAGAACAUACUGUGGUGACGGCAAGUAAUAGCAUGGCGCUAGCAUUAUCUAAAGAAACUAAGCCUCAUAGGAAGUUAAGAGGGAGUCAUCUACUCCAAAGUGUUGCAAAGCAUAGCAGAUCUCAUCUUUAUUCUAUUUGUUCCGCUAUUUUGGUUACCAUAUUGCUUAAAUAUUUUGAAGUUAAUAUUAUGGCAAAGUAUGCAUUAUUAAUUGGACUAGGCUUUUCAUUUCGUUCUCCAAGUGAAGAUACAAAAAAAAUAGCAUUUGCAUUCUUAGCAAUAACAUUGGCCAAGUUAUGCAAUAUACACUAA